CUUUCUCAGACAGCCAAUUGUUCUCCUUUCAUAGAGUCUUGUGUCUCUAUUCUGUUCGAGUUCAAUGGGUCACCAAUGCGAUUCGCGUAAUCCAUCAUGCAUUGUCAGACAACGGCUGCGGCAACAAAGGAAGCGUUUUCGCAAUAUAAAUAGCGCACGAUGACCAGAACGUGCAUGAUCCUCCCCUCAUUGGCAUCGUCAAUCUCGUUCUAUCAUCGACCACCAGUGGCCUCUGGCUCCCUUUCAAUUGUCGCUCCCCAGCCUCCACACACUCGUGCUUCGCAAAUCAACUGCUCUCAGAGGCGAGUUUAAUGGCUCGCAUGGGUAUCUAUAUCUAUGCUGUAUCACUGUCGGGGAAACCGCAGAGCUGGAACGUAGCACAUCCAGUGGACUACAGCCGCUGUCCCCGGGUGGCCACACGAGUGGCGACGCGAAGGGGGCCCCCUGCACGCGGUCCCGUGACGCGACGCGAGGUACAAAGCAAGGUGGCCCUGGGCCCUCCGGCCACAAGCAGACGAGCCAUCACCUACCCCUACUCCCCAACAAGCAUACGCAACCCACGUACACAAUCCCCUAUCCAGCUGAAGAUCACCAUGUCCCAGACAAUCCAUAGAAGUCCAAGCUUCAUGAAGGCGACGAGCGUGAAGGCCCGCGAACUGAAGGAUGCGGCCCUCCUCCUUCAUUUCCAUCGCCGAGCAGCCGAGGCGGACGUGAUCCCAAAGCGAACAUACGCGACAGAAAGGAAACAACGCACCACACCAUCCAUGAGAGAGAGGACACUGGCCAGUGCUGCGAAGGUCCGUGAUAGCUCGCGGCCACAUACACGCUCGGUUGUGGCCCACAAGGAGGCAAACGAGCCAAGACGAAGUGCGAGGAUCCAGGAAAGAACGAAACGAACGGAGUCAAACAUAGGUGGGGCUGCCAUCGAGGAUACUACAGGUAUGGCUAGAGGCAUAUAUUCACCGGAGGACUGGGGCUGAUUCACGCCCCACACCAUCCAGACCAUCCGUGCACGAAACCUCGAAAUGGUGAAUACAAUGUGCGAAAGGGAACUCAAGCGGACUUCCCGCCCAAGAACAGGACUCGCAUUGCCACAAAGAAGCCUGAUUUGGCGGGCCACAAGAGGGGCCGGGAAGGGGACGAUGACAAGCAAGAGCCGCGC